CACUCGGCUAGCGCGAAGACACACAGGUACGGUAGCACUAAUACUAUGUAAAUACGUAGUUCCACAGAGGGGAACCCAGCACUUUCUAGGCAACAUUGAGCCUCUGCUACAACUAACACAACUAAAAAAAAACACCUACAACUUAAGAACACAACUAAGAACCUCAACGACAUUUUAACUAAGAAAAAAAACACUACAACGCAUCGCGUCGAACCUUGACACCUACAACGCUCUACUCGUAAACCACCACACCAUCCAGCCAGCCAUCAUGGCUUCAGAUCUAAGCCAGAUUGCCCAGCUGUUGGAUGCGACCCUUGAUCCGGUCAAGCACAAAAAAGCCGAGGCUGCGCUUAAGGCUGAAGAAAAAAAGCCACAAUACUCGUUACAGUUAUUGAAGAUAGUUGCGACUGAAAGUCUCGAGCCAAAGACCCGUCUCUCUGGCGCGCUGUGCUUCAAGAACUUUAUCCGACACAACUAUGUAGACGAGGACGGAAAAUACAAGCUUCCCAUCGACGAAAUUCAAACGAUCAAGCAAGAGCUUAUUGGGCUUAUGAUUGGGUGCCCUUCUACCAUCCAGACACAGCUAGGAGAGGCUAUCAGCAUAAUCGCCGACUCUGAUUUCUGGGAACGAUGGGACACCCUUGUACCCGACCUCGUAUCGCGCUUUUCGCCUGAUAAUUUCAAGGUCAACAACGGUGUUUUGGAGGUUGCCCAUUCCAUCUUCGUGAGAUGGCGACCCUUAUACCGUUCAGAUGGACUCUAUACUGAGAUCAACCACGUACUCAACAUCUUCGCCGGGCCCUUCCUCAACCUUUUGAGUGCUACGGACCAGCAGAUUGAUGUGCAUGCCAAUGACAAGGUCGCCUUAAAGGGCUACUUUGAUACGAUGAGCUUACUGAUCAAGGUCUUCCACGAUCUAUCUUGUCAGGACAUGCCACCACAAUUCGAGUCGAACCUCGAACACAUCUCAACACUCCUUCACAAGUACUUAACCUACGAGAACCCGCUGUUAGCAACCGACGACGACUCGGAAGCCGGAGUCAUUGAGAUAGUCAAGGCCGACAUCUGUGAAGUCCUACAGCUCUACGUCAACAAGUUUGACGAUGAUUUUGGCCGUUACACUAACGUAUUUGUUACGAGCGCGUGGAAUCUGCUCUCUGCAAUCGGCCCUGAAACCAAGUACGACAAUCUUGUCAGCAAGGCGCUGCAUUUUCUGACGGCAAUCGCUGCUAAUCCGAAUCACGCAAAGGUGUUCAACGAGGAGGGCGUCUUGGGUCAAGUAGUAGAGAAGGUUGUGCUACCUAAUGUGGCACUAAGAGAGUCCGAUAUCGAAUUGUUUGAAGACGAGCCUAUUGAAUUCAUCCGGCGUGAUCUCGAGGGAUCAGAUACUGAUUCUCGACGAAGAGCGGCGACUGAUUUUCUAAGGGAACUCCAAGGUAAGUUCGAGCAGUUGGUCACUACCGUUGCGGGAAGAUAUAUCAGCCACUACUUGGAGCAAGGAAAGACAAGCUGGAAAGACAAGGAUACAGCAAUCUCGUUGUUCCUUUCUAUUGCAGCCAAAGGUGUUGUGACGGCGGCCCAUGGUGUCAAGACCGUUAACCCGCUAGUCAACGUGGUCGAAUUCUUCGAACAACAUGUUGCAAAUGACCUGAUUCAGGAUACGGGCAUCGAGCCCAUCUCCAAAGUCGACGCUAUCAAAUAUCUGUAUACAUUCCGAAGUCAACUAUCAAAGGACCAAUGGCAAGCUGCAUUCAAGCCCCUGAUUCAGAACAUGGGCUCGUCGGACUAUGUUGUUUACACGUAUGCAGCCAUUUGCGUGGAGAGACUGUUAUCCUUGGUCGAUGAAUCCGGUGUUCGUUUCUUUGGCAAAUCCGAUAUUGAACCCUUUGCCAAAGAUCUCCUCGAUCACCUUUUCAAGUUGGUUGAGAAGGAGGGAUCCCCAGCAAAGAUGCAAGAAAAUGAGUUCCUUAUGCGCUGCAUCAUGCGAGUACUUAUCGUAAUGGGCACGGGCAUUCUCAGCUACGCUGACAUGGUUCUUGGCCAUUUACUUAAAAUCACGAGCAUCAUCAAAGUCAACCCCAGCAACCCACGCUUCUACUAUUACCACUUUGAGGCCCUAGGUGCUGUUGUGAGCUGCGGUUCACCCAACGGCUCAUCGACGCUUGAAACCCUCCUAUGGGAGCCUUUCAACCAAAUAAUCACUGAAGAAGUGAACGAGUUCAUACCAUAUGUGUUCCAACUUAUCGCGAAACUUCUAGAACUCAACCCAUAUGAGGCACUUCCUACUCGCUAUCAAGCACUGGUGGCCCCCUUGAUGAUGCCCACGCUUUGGGAGACAAGAGGCAAUGUUCCAGCUCUCACAAGACUACUAGCUGCUAUAAUACCUAGAGCCUCUCAAUCUAUAGUGGCGGAAAAUCAACUCCAACCAGUUCUAGGUAUUUUCCAGACCCUGCUUAGCAUCAAGAGGACGGAACAGAACGCAUUUGACUUGCUAGAAACAAUUGUUGUAUCGAUUGAUAGGAACGCUCUUGAGCCUUACUUCAAGCAAAUACUCGCCCUUCUCUUCACAAAGCUCCAAAAUAACCCGCCAGACUCGUUCAAACUGCGAUUCACACGGUUCUAUCACCUCGUGUCAGCCAGGGUGGAGGCUGGUCUGGGAGCUGAUUUCUUCGUCAGCCAAGUGGACUUAGUCCAAAAUAAUCUGUUCGUUCAGAUUUACCUAACCCUUGUCCUGCCGGUUUCGGAACAGCUCGUCCGUCCAGUAGAUCGCAAGCUAGCUGUUGUAUCAUUCGCCAAGUCAAUGGGAGACAGCGCUGCUUUCGCCCAGCGUUACCAGAAGGGAUGGCGUUUUACGUGUGAAGCAAUGCUGAAGAUGCUCAUGAAUCCACCCAAGGUAGCGGGUGGUAUGGGCGAUGAUGUUGUCAACGAGGCGGAUGUUGACGACAUCGGCUUCGGCCUUGGAUUCACCCCACUCAACACAUGCAAGAAAACCAUUCGUGACGAAUACCCCCAGAUUCAGGAUGUGAAGCUUUGGGUACGGCAAUACCUAACAGAGGCCAACGCUCGACAUAACGGAGCAGUCGCCACUUACAUGGACAGGCUCACAGAUGAAGGGAGACAGGCCAUGGCAAUUUACGUCAGUUGAAAAGUAGGUGGUCCUCGGGAUUAGGUAGACUAAAAGUUCACGGAUAAGUAAUUCAAUUGAUGGAUGGCCAAGUGAGAAACGAGCGUCUCCAGGCCUUUUGGGCAAAAAGUGUUGAAGAUUGUAUUCUUACAAAUCUUGCAUAUUGCCUGUCGGGUUUUCUCGACGACUGACAUGGUUGAAGUGUGUGAAUCAGACAACCACAGCUAGAAGAUAGAUGAUAGAUUCGCAUUAACUAGUAAGUCAUAUCGCUCCAUAAGGUACUUCUCUGCCUUAGAGAAUGGAUAUCAAUGCCGUUCUCAUCGUUUAGGGGGUGAGGUGCGGGCGAAUUGUUGAUACACUUACCUACCUACCUACCUACCUAAGCACAGAUUCGAAUAAGAUGUUUUAAGUUGUAGUUCGCUUAAUCCACUUGGAUUUACGUGCACUGUAUUAUACACUAAGAAUUCAC